AGCCACCAGGCUCUCCAGAACAUGCCCAGAGUCCUCCGGGAAGUGGAAGUCUUGAAACAGGAGGCAACAUUCCUGAAGGAGCAAAUGGUCCUUGUUAAAGAAGAUAUAAAGAAAUUUGAAGAAGACACAGCUCAGUCAAUGCAGGUCCUGGUAGAGAUUGACCGAGUGAAAUCUAGAAUGCAGUUGGCUGCCGAAUCACUUCAGGAAGCAGACAAAUGGAGCACGUUAAGUGCAGACAUUGAAGAGACUCUUAAAACACAGGAUGUCUCUGCGAUUUCGGCCAAACUAACAAGUAUGCAGAGCAGCCUGGCUAUGCUUGUGGAUACGCCAGAUUACUCGGAGAAGUGUGUGCAUCUUGAGGCUCUGAAGAACCGACUAGAGGCCAUGGCCAGCCCUCAGAUUGUUGCUGCUUUUAACUCCCAGUCUGUAGAUCAGGCAAAAACGUUUGUUAAAGUCUUCACCGAAAUUGAUCGGAUGCCCCAGCUUCUUGCUUAUUAUUAUAAAUGUCACAAGGUGCAGCUGGUGGCAGCGUGGCAGGAUCUUUGCCAAAGUGACUUAAGCUUAAAUCGGCAGUUGACUGAACUGUAUGACACGCUCCUUGGGACCUGGCACUCACAGCUGCAGUGGGCAACACAGGUUUUCAAGAACCCCCAUGAAAUUGUGACUGUAUUGUUGAUUCAAACUCUGGGAGCGUUGGUGCCUUCCAUCCCUGUCUGCGUCAGCACUGCCAUGGAGAGAACGGGCCAAGAAACCAAGCUCAGUAAGCUGCUGGAGCUCUACGAUGCCACCAUCCACUUUGCCAAAGGGCUGGAAGUAGCAAUGCUGCCAAACCUGAAGGAGCAGAACCUGGUAAAAGUGAUGGAACUGGUGGAAGCGGUGUAUGGCCCAUACAAGCCCUAUCAACUUGAGUAUGGAGACCUGGAAGAAGAAAAUCUCCUCAUUCAGAUCAGUGCAGUGCCCUUGGAGCAUUGGGAAGUAAUUGACUGUGUCCAGGAACUGAACCAUUCAGUCAACAAACUCUUCAUUCUGGCUUCUGGAGCCAUCGACAAUUGCAUUAAACUCACUGAUGGACUGGGAGCGUGUGGACUCCUUAAGGCCCUGAAAGCUCUGUUCACAAAGUAUACGUCUGACUUUACAAACGCAUUGCAGUCCAUACGAAAGAAAUGUAAACUGGAUGAUGUCCUAUCAGAUUCCCUUUUCCAGGAAGACUGGACUGCAUUCCAAAACUCUGUCCGGAUAAUUACUACUUGCGGUGAGCUCCUUCGUCAGUGUGGAGACUUUGAGCAGCAACUGGCCAACAGGAUUUUAUCAACUGCUGGGAAGUAUAUCUCGGACUCCUACAGCCCUUGUAGUUUUUCUGGCUUUCAGGAUACCAGUUCUGCAGAAAAGAAGAGCUCUGUGAAGAAUCCUUGGCAAGAAUACAAUUAUCUUUUGAAGGAGAAUCCAUCCGAGUAUGCCAGCCUAAUGGAAACACUUUACACUCUAAAGGAAAAAGGUACAAGUAACCACAACCUGUUGUCUUCAUCACGAUCUGCCCUAAGCCGCCUCAACCAGCUGGCACACCACUUGGCUUUUGAUUCUGUUUUUCUUCGCAUCAAACAACAACUCUUACUCGUUUCAAAGAUGGAGGGUUGGAAUUCUGGUGGCAUUGGUGAGACUCUGACAGAUGACCUGCCGAACUUCAGCCUGACUCCUCUGGAAUAUAUCAGCAAUAUUGGGCAAUAUAUUAUGUCGCUUCCUCUCCACCUUGAGCCAUUCGUCACUCAAGAGGAUUCUGCUUUGGAACUGGCAUUACAUGCUGGCAAACUGCCUUACCCCCCAGAACAUGGAGACGAAUUACCUGAGCUGGACAACAUGGCUGACUACUGGCUGGGCUCCAUCGCCAGAGCUACGAUGCAAACUUACUGCGAAGUCAUCCUGCAGAUACCAGAGCUCACAGUACAUUCGACAAAGCAGCUUGCCACAGACAUUGAUUAUCUAAUAAAUGUGAUGGAUGCCCUUGGCCUUCAGCCAUCAAGAACACUGCAAAAUAUUGUAACUCUGUUGAAGGCAAAACCAGAGGACUACCGUCAAGCUGCAAAAAGUGUGCCCCGCAGAAUGGCCAGCAGCAUCGCUGCAAUGAGAGGCCUGGAGUGUUAGCUGUAACGUCCCUGCUGCUGGACACUGUUCAAGGGCUGAACUCUUUGAGUUGUUUUUAUUUUCCUAUAAACUUUGCAAGGACAGUAAAAUAUCUCUGGGGAUUAGGGGAAUUUUUUC